AUGUCGGAGCUUCUUGCGAGCGGGAUGCCGUGCUCGCCCUUUUCAUGUCCUUGUGCUCGCUUCGCAGAAAGAAGAGCAGGAAAGGUGGUCAAGGAUCGUCGGCAGACUUGUGUGCUUUCCAACAAUCUGAGAGUUGCCAUCGAAGUAGAUCUUGGACAAGGGGCCGGGUGGCAGGUCCUUUAUCCCACAGCAAGUCUGCAAAGUGCGCCCCAGGACCAUCCAGCCUCAGCGCGGUUGCGGGAUGAUCCCGCAGUCUGUGGAAGGUGCCCUCUGGUGCGCGGUGUGCACGUGCUGUCGGAGCACUUUGGAGAUUUCUCUACAAAAGCUGCGGAAUACAUCAGAAAGGAAGAGGAAGCAGCGUGGCUGGAAAGCCAACGGCGAAAGAAGCGACAGGAAGAGAACGACAGGCGUUUGAGUGCGGAAGUCGGUCGAUCUAUGGUUCGCAGACAACGAUGGGCCAUCAUGUGGAUCUCCCUCUUCAUUUUGAUCAUCCUCAGUGCAAUGUUGGCAGUGGCAUCUUUCGCGCCGGAGAACCAGCCGCAAGCCAUGGGGAUCGGGGCGGCAUUCCUGGGGCUGUGGUGUUGCGCCUGCGUCGGAAAGGCUGGACUCUUUGCCGCUAGUGGCGGGAUCGAGAACUUGAGUACACGUGAUCCGAACCGAGCACUCUAUUAUUCCCCUUCUGAUUCUUCUCAGCUGGAAGAAUCGAUUCGUGCUGCGCGGCCGGAGCUCCAGGGCCACCGGUCCAGUGUCUCCUUCGACAAUAUCGGCGCUCCAGCACUUCUUGCUUGCAUAUUCUUCUCUUGCUUCGUUGCUUUCCUCUGCAUGGUCGCCAUGACUGUGACCAUGGAUGGCUAUGGCUUGCCUGUGGCCCUUAUGUGGACUCUGCCGAUCCUCUGGACGUGCUUCGGUUGCGUGUGGAGUUGGCUCGCGGACCAUCCGCGCAGUGCUCUUUGUUUUGCCUGUAUGUGGCCGCUUCACCUACUUCACGAAUGCGGAUUUAGUCUUACACACUUCCUUCUUCGGCCUCCGGAAGAGUCCCUGGAUGCAGCUGUCCACACUACACACGAGCGCACCAUUGUGUUCGAAGGAAACGUGCUCCCAGGCAAGGAGACGGUGUGUUCGUGGCCGGGAAAGUAUGCGUCUGCGUGGGAUGCCCUCGUGGAUGACAGCCGCCAAGAUGACAUCAGCGCUGCCGUAGUCUUCCUGCCGGAAGGCUCGAAGCAUUUCGGGUUGCACGAUCCCAUUCCUGCGGACUUGCUGGACCUGCAGGGCCCGUGUUGGUGCACUCCGCUCUACGGUGAGCCGAAGCCAUGGGGCUGCAGAUGGUGGUCCAAAUGGAUCGCCAACAUUGAGCUGGCGGUGGAGCAGGGCGCAACCCUUGUCGUGUACUACUUCAACGGCAAGAGAGGCGAAGGCAAAGUCAAGGAUUUCUCGACAGCAGGGCAGGAGCAUCUGCGUCGUGAGCAGAUCUCCAGACGAAGGGCCGACUUCCAGAACUCAGAGGAUUUCCGAAAGGCUUUCGAGGCCGGCCUCAAGCACCUGUCGGCUGAGCCAGGCCCGGAUGCCUCUUCGCCCUUCUCGCGGGAGGUGCAUCGCCUCUUUCUAGCUUGGCUUGGUGGGGAAGACCGGCAGUUCCUGGAGGCAUCGGAGGGCCUUGGGAACUCACAGAAAGCCGAAGUGGCCUGGUUGGAACGAAAGGGCUACCCGUAUGUAGAGAAGGAGGUCAGUGAAUUUGCCAGCAGAUCUUCCCAGGCGAUGGAGCAAGCACUUCUGAAAGAACGGCAGCGACAUCUUCGCAUCUGGGGCUCUUGGCCGUCGUGA